UGUGUGUGUGCAUAGGGGACAUUGCUAUCUAUUCUAACUUAAGAGGAAGGCACAUCUUCCUCAGCUGGCACAGUUCAGAUGUAGAGACUGAGGAGCAAGAGGAGAAGUCACAGAGAGAAAGUGAAAUGAGACAAGAUAAGAUGAGAGGACAGUGGCUGAAUUUUGUCCCAUAAUAAUCAUCACACUAUUAUUAGCAUCGUGGAAUGGAUUUUAUCCAAGUUGAAGAAGUUGCCUGAGACCAUCCAAGUCAACAGACUGAGGAAGAAGUGGAAGUGAACACAGGACAAUCUACUACCAGAAUUAAGGCCCUGAAUCCUAUAUCUAAAACAAUUGUCCGAGUGCUGGAUAUCCCAGUGCUGGAGUUUUGGCUUUUUGCUUCCAGACGUUGUAUUGACCAAACUGCACCAGUGACAAAUGACUUUUUAUAGAAACUAAGGAGACGGCUGCACAGAUGUCAGAUUCAGACUUACUCACCUCCCCCUCUCCUUCUGCCCCUCCCCUCUUCUACUGUGACUACAGCGACUGGUCUCCCUCCUUCUCCAUCAUCCCAUGCGUCUACCUGCUGGCCUUCCUGGUUGGUUGCCUCGGCAACAGUCUGGUGCUGUGGGCCUUCCUGGACCGAGCUGAGGGGAGGGGAACGAGGACCGGAGACAAAGCUGGAAUUGGAAAGCUCUGUUGCUCUGGCGUCUUCAGAACCAGUCAGCAGAACAUUAACAGUGCUGGUAGAUUUAACCACGGCUCAUUUCCUCAGAAGAACAAGGAAAACUCAGGACAAAGCUGCAGACCCUCCUCUCAUUCCUCCACCUCCUCCUCUUAUCCUCCCUCCAUCCCUCGUCCCUCCCGCUCACUGACAGACUCUCUAAUAGCUAGCUUAGCGUUAGCUGACCUCUGCUUCCUUGUGACUCUCCCUCUGUGGGCGGUCUACACAGCGAUGGGCUACCACUGGCCAUUUGGGCAACCCCUCUGCCAAAUCAGCAGCUUCCUCACUGCACUCAACAUGUAUGCCAGCGUGUUCAGUCUGAGCAUGCUCAGUGUGGAGCGGUACUGGGUUCUGACAGGACGCCGGCACUCCAGCCACCAUGCCCCACAGAGGUGCCCCAGCAGGGCUUUGUGGAUACUUGGAGGGGUGUGGGUGCUGGCGGGGGUGCUGGCACUUCCUGGUUUGCUGCUGCGCUCUGUCAGGGAGGUGGAGCUAGACCAUGAAUCUGAUGAUGAUUGGCAGCUAGAGCCAGUUCAUCCUACUGACUCUGGAUCAGUCUUUCUCUCUUGUCAGAUGGAUUACUCCAUGCUGAUUGGAGUAGAGCUGGAGGAGACAGAUCGAGAGAGGGUGGAGAUGUGGUGGGCGGCCGCCUUGAGUCUUAAAUCAACUGUUAUUGGCUUCCUGCUUCCUUUUAUCAUCUUGCUGGUCUGCUACUGCUCAUUGGCCCAGCUCCUCAACAGACAUUUUGGACGGGGCCCUCGUCCUGACCGCAGGAGGCAGCGAAGACUCCUCAGGGUUAUUGUCACUUUAGUGUUGGCUUUCUUCCUGUGCUGGCUGCCUCUGCAUGUUAAUAAGACUGUUUCCAUGCUGCUGGAGUUUGGUUUUGUCCAUUACUCCUGCUCUUUAGAUCAGCUUUUACUGGCUGCUCACCCAUAUGUCACCUGUUUAGCUUAUCUCAACUCCUGCCUUAACCCUCUCCUGUAUGCUGCCUGUGACCCGACAUUCAGGAAGAGAUGCAGAAGAGCUCUUCUCAUGUUGUUCAGGAGAGGAGGAGAGCGAAGGGGGGAAAAUAAGAGAAAGAAGGAUGAAGGAGAGGAAGAGAAAGAGGAAAGGAGCUCAGUUUAUCCCACAAAAACACAAGAGGAAACUGCAGAUAGGACAGAGACGGGAGAAGAGGAGAGGGCGGUAGAAGUGGGUGGGAUGGUUGCUGAGGAGUGAGAGGCCACAUGAAUCAUGGCUCAAUACCAAAAAAGAUAAUUGUUAAUUCAGUGAAAUCUAAAUUCACACCAAAGAACAAGGACAUCAAGCCAUAUUGUUUGUUGACAAUAAAAGAGCAUUGUAUGUGAUUUGUUUCUCAGCAGUGUUGUUGGGGACUGAAUCUUCAUAAAAUGAACAUUCAUGAGGUCAUAGACAUGAUUCCCUGCUUCAAUCCAGAUAUUUCCCACAGGAAAGAUGCCACCACUUCCUAAAAGAUUGUUGACCCCAGAAAUAGAGUCUCGCUAGACCAAAUGUUCUCAUGUUAUCUGAUCUGUUUCUAUAUUUUGUACGAGUAAUAUACGCUGAGUUGUUUAUUGAUUUGUGUUGUUUUUCUAUUAAAAUGAGGAUCAUGUUAAACUCACAUGUGUCUUCUAAUUUUUUUUAAAUGCAGUACAUAGUACAUAUGGCUAUAAAUAUGCCUAUGUGAAAACUCUGGUUGGAAUUAAGAGGAACAAAAACCAACAGCUCUUAAUUAUAUGUGCAGCGCAGUCCAGCACACAAAAUGUCAGAUAAUACUUAAAAGCAUCAAGACAAAAACAUCUUAAUUUUUAAUAUAAAAAUAUUGUCCUUUGGUCUUUUUAUGCAUUUAUGACUACCACUUCUAUCCAAAACAAAGCUGUUUCUGUUUCUUUUUUCCAUAAAUAUAAAACAAUAAUAAAUCCUU